AUGGCUUUAUUUGGAGAGCAUAAAGGUAUUCCACAAAUGGCAGCUGGCAGACUGCAAAGAUGGGCUUUAUUUUUAAGUGGAUUUCAAUAUAAAUUUGAACAUAUUAAAGGUACUAAGAAUGGUGGAGCAGAUGGUCUAUCUAGAUUGCCAAGACCUUAUAAAAUUAAAGAAGCGGAAGUAGAAGACUAUUUUCAUUUUGUUACGGCCGAGCGCACACCUAUAGAUGCAGCACAAAUUAAAGGAGAAUUAAGAAAAGAUAAAAUAUUAAGUAAAAUAUACUUAUAUGUAAGAGAUGGAUGGCCUGAUUCAAUUAGCGAAGAAAUGAAAGAUUAUACGAGUAAGGCUAAUGAAAUCAGUAUUGAAAACGGUAUUCUUAUGUGGGGAUACAGAGUAAUCGUUCUGUUUAAAUUUCAAAAGGCGUUGUUAGAAGAGAUUCACGGAGCGCAUUUAGGAAUGGCCAAAAUGAAUGCAGUAGCGCGACAAUAUUUUUGGUGGCCUAAGAUAGAUAAGGAUAUAGAGAGUUAUGUUAAAGAUUGUGAGGCUUGUAGAGCAAUAGCCAUUAAUCCUAACAAGUCACCGUUAAUUAAAUUUCAAGAAGCGGAAUUCUCAUUCGAUAGAAUUCAUAUUAAUUUUGCGGGACCUUUUAAAGGCAAAACGUAUUUAAUUCUUAUUGACGCGUUUACAAAAUGGCCAGAAGUGUUCGAAAUGUCUAAUACUAACUCUGAGUCUCCUUAUCAUCCAUCUACGAAUGGAUUGGCGGAAAAUGCAGUAGGAUGUUUUAAGCGAGGUUUAUUGCGAGCGUUAGCAGAUAAGCGAAAUGCGUUGUUGAGUACUACUACGUUAAUUAAUAAAUAUUUAGCUACAUAUAGAAAUGCGCCUCAUUCAAGUGUAGGAGAAAGUCCAGCAAAAUUAAUGUUUGGACGUGAGGUUUGGUUGGGCCCCGGUAUCCAGAAUGAAGGCUACAGGUCCUCGGAAGGACGCAGAUCGGAGCUCGACAACGGGUACGUCAUCGCUAUCGGCUCGGAAGACGUGGACGGACCCGGGAUGCAUUCUAUUGGUAAGGCGGGGCGAGCUUUCCCUCGGUGCGCCCCGUCGACCGAAGCCGCCGGGUGGUUUCCCGGUUUUUGUGAAGGGGCGCUAGUAUUGUAG